AUGUCCCAAAACACAUACAGCAACUUUGUGCUGGGUAACGCUCAAGUUCCUUCCGUUUAUCCUAUUGUGUAUUGUUCGGAUGGAUUCUGCGAGCUGACGGGUUUCACGCGAGCCCAAAUAAUGCAGAAAGGAUGCGCCUGCAAGUUCCUCCAUGGACCGGACACAAAGGAGGAGCACAAAGUGCAGAUCGACAAGGCGCUGGAGUCGAAGAAUGAGCUUAAAUUAGAAGUUAUAUUUUAUAAAAAGAAUGCUACUCCAUUCUGGUGCUUACUAGAUAUUGUGCCUAUAAAAAAUGAGAAACGAGAGGUUGUAUUAUAUCUGGCUUCCCACAAGGAUAUUACGAACACUAAAAUGGCUGAAAUGUCUGAGUGUGAACUAUACGACAGCGGUUCAGAUAAACCUUCGUGUUUUACCUGUAAGAAAACAGAUCACAUUGCGGACAAAUUGUCCAAAUCAUGA